GUUUCACAAGUGCGCUUCGGAUCCUUCGAUUCGGGUCGGAGAAAGCGCGUGUUUGUGACAGACUCAGGUAUAUCUCGCGCAUCCAUUUGGCGUUUAACCCUCCCCGAUUAUCUACUGGUCUCUAAGAUGCAUGGACGCUUCAUCAGUUUCUGGCACCGUACAAGUACCGAGUCUUAAGAGAAGGUGGAGAAGCCGACAUGGCUGCCCACGGCGAGGACUCGGUCCCCCGGGACGCCAACGGCGGGGACCCCAGCCCGAUGCCCGAGACACGCAAUCGUGGCACCGGAUUUUACCAGCUGGGGACGAACCAGAGCAGUGCGAGCAUCUUCGAAGAUGUGGAGAUGGCGCAUGAUGAGGUCUUCGCCGGGCCCAUGGCCGAGUCUCUUCCAACGAGCGUCUCUGCAUUCAGCCAUCGUCGCGCCCGCGCCGACUCGACAGCGAGCUUCUCCUUCUACCAGGACGAGGACGAGAGUGAGGAACGUGGUGAGACGUUUGCACCGGACGACCGACGACCCUUAGUUGGCGACCUCGACGAGUUGCCGUUCGAGGAGGAUCUUGAAGAACAGGAAGACUCGAUUGACAUGGAGCGGACAUCCAACUACAACGACCAUGUUUUCCUCCGUAGGACCUCGACACAAUCUAGGGGCUCGGUUCGCAGCAGGCUGCUGAGGCGCGACAGCGGCGUGUCCGCCGGCAGCGGGCACAGCGGGAACCGCUGCAGCCAGAAAGUUUACAUGGUGAAUGAGGACCUGUACAUUGUCAUUGCGGGUUUCCGGACUAGCCAGACCGGGCUUGCCAUAUAUGCUUUGCUUUGCCUCGUGACAGGGGGCCUGGCAUGGCUUGUCUUCCGCUGGUUGCCUCGGUGGCAUGUUAAACUGGUUGGCAAGCAAGCAUCACUCCGGGAUUGCCAGUGGGUGGUUGUCGAGAAUCAAUGGAAUGAGAUGGCCAUCCUCAACGUCGAGUCGAGACCGUACGGGCGGUCUCUAUCAACCGUGUUCGGAGCCCCUGCAAAGAUGGAUACGUACCUCCACAUGGACGAGGACCAAGAUCCCAUCCUGCGAGAUUUGAGAAUGAUCAACUAUCGCUACGUGCGAUUGUUCUUCCAACCUCUUCGAGACAAGUUCCUCCUCUGCAACGGCUGGAAGGACCCUCUAUGGUCCAAUGUUCGAGAGAUCCGUGCCGGCAUCGACAGCGAAGAGAAGACACACCGUGAUGUUGUCUUUGGCAGCAACCUCAUCGACAUUGAACAAAAGUCGGUGUUCCGGCUGCUAGUUGACGAGGUGUUCCAUCCGUUCUACGUCUUCCAGGUCGCCAGCUUGAUUCUCUGGUCACUUGACCAGUAUUAUUACUACGCCAUCGCCAUCUUCGUGAUUUCCGUGGGCAGUAUCACGACGACGCUCAUCGAGACAAGAUCUACAAUGAAACGGCUUCGCGAGAUAUCUCGGUUUGUCUGUGACGUUAGAGUCCUUCGGAACGGAUUUUGGCGGUACAUCUCUUCAAGCGAUCUUGUUCCGGGCGACGUGUACGAAGUCAGCGAUCCAAGUCUCAGCCAGUUCCCAGCCGACAGUCUCCUGCUCAGCGGCGAUUGCAUUGUCAACGAAAGCAUGCUUACCGGCGAAUCCGUGCCCGUGUCCAAGACGCCGGCAACUGAUGAAUCGCUAGUCAAAUUGGAUCUCUCAGCAUCGACCAUGCUCCCGGAAGUCGCUAAGCACUUUUUGUUCUGCGGCACCAGAAUCGUCCGCGCUCGGCGGCCGCAGGAAGACCAGGACGAAGAAGCUGUGGCGCUCGCCAUGGUCGUAAGGACCGGUUUCAACACUACCAAAGGGGCAUUAGUACGCUCAAUGCUCUUUCCCAAGCCUUCAGGCUUCAAGUUCUACAGAGACUCCUUCCGGUACAUCUCUGUCAUGGCCUGCGUCGCUCUGCUGGGAUUCACCGCGUCGCUCGUCAACUUCAUCAGGCUCAGAUUGGAAUGGCAUUUGAUCAUCAUCCGCGCCCUCGAUCUAAUUACCAUCGUGGUGCCCCCGGCCCUACCCGCUACCCUAACCAUCGGCACAAGCUUCGCUCUAGGCCGGUUGAGGUCAAAGCAAAUAUUCUGUAUCAGUCCCCAGAGAGUGAACGUGGGCGGCAAACUCGAUCUCAUGUGCUUCGACAAGACUGGAACCCUGACCGAGGAAGGCCUGGACAUUCUUGGGGUUCGCGUCGUCUCCCGUGCUGACAACCGGUUCACCGACCUCCUAACCCGUCCUGAUGAACUCGUUCCGGAUGAUAGUCCAGCUCUGGGGAAUAAGGACCAAAUCGGCACGCGGAACGCAGCAUUGUACACCAUGGCAACCUGCCAUUCAUUGCGGACAGUGGACGGUGAGCCAGUUGGCGACCCCCUUGACCUCAAAAUGUUCGAGUUUACCGGCUGGUCCUUCGAGGAAGGCAACCUGGGAGGGGCCAAUGCCGAUGAAGAAGAACAGGGGAAUCUUCAUCCUUCAGUUGCUAGGCCUCCAGCAGGCUCUAAACUCCAGGCCAACGGCACUGCACAAGGCUUUGCGCAAUCCGUACCGUUCGAGCUCGGAGUUCUGAGGUCGUUCGAGUUCGUCUCCCAGUUACGGCGGGCAAGUGUCCUUGUAAGGACCUUUGGUCGCCCUAGUGGAGACAUCUAUGUCAAGGGAGCACCAGAGUGCAUGCGGGAGAUAUGCAAACCGGAGACAUUCCCCGCCGACUACGAAGAGCUCCUGUCACACUACACCCAUAAGGGGUAUCGCGUGAUUGGCUGUGCCACCAAGCACAUCAAGAAGCUCAGCUGGGUAAAAGCUCAAAAGAUGAAGCGGCGCGAGGUUGAAUCCGACCUUGACUUUGUCGGCUUCAUCAUCUUCGAGAACAAGCUCAAGCCCACCACUGCCUCGGUGAUCAGUGAGCUUCUGGACUCCAACAUUGGCACCGUCAUGGUUACCGGAGACAACAUCCUGACCGCCAUCAGCGUCGCCAGGGAAUGCGGGAUGAUCAACAAAACCGCCCACUGCUUCGUUCCUCGGUUUCUCACAGGCCAUGCGAGAGACCAAAACGCCAGUUUGCAGUGGGAAAGCAUCGACAACCAGAUCUUCCGACUGGACCCCAUCACUCUACUUCCUUUGCCACCUCCCCCGGAAGGAGACGCAUCCUUGCCUUAUGACAUCUCCAACCUGCGCAAUUACUCGGUCGCUGUCAGCGGGGAUAUCUUCCGCUGGGUAGUCGAUUUCGCGCCGCCCCAGGUCAUGCACAGGAUGCUGGUGACCGGCAAGGUGUUUGCUCGGAUGUCUCCGGACGAGAAGCAUGAGCUGGUCGAGAAGCUGCAGGGAAUCGAUUACUCAUGCGGCUUCUGCGGCGAUGGCGCAAACGACUGCGGUGCGCUCAAAGCAGCCGACGUGGGUAUCUCGCUUUCCGAAGCCGAGGCUUCGGUUGCCGCGCCUUUCACGUCUCGCAUCUUCGACAUCCGGUGCGUGCCCGAGGUGAUCCGCGAGGGCCGGGCGGCGCUGGUCACCAGCUUCAGCUGCUUCAAGUACAUGAGCUUAUACUCAGCCAUCCAGUUCACCUCGGUCAGCUUUCUGUACGCCUCAGCGUCUAACCUCGGCGACUUCCAAUUCCUCUUCAUCGACCUGGCACUCAUCCUGCCCAUCGCCGUCUUCAUGAGCUGGGCGGGUCCGUUCCCGGAGCUCUGCCGGAAGCGGCCGACGGCGGACCUCGUCUCGCGCAAGGUUCUCACGCCGCUGUUGGGACAGAUCUACAUCUGCAUCGUGGUCCAAGCCGUUGUGUUUGUGGCUGUCCGCAGGCAGCCGUGGUACAUCCCGCCCUUCAUUGAUCCGGAAAAGUCAAACAUCAAAAACUCGGAGAACACGGCGCUGUUUCUGACGUCGUGUUGUGAGUACAUCUUUGCGGGAAUGGUGCUCAACGCUGGCCGACCGUUCAGACACUCUGCGUUGAACAACUGGCCGUUUGUCGCAACAAUAGUCACCGCCCUCUUCGUCACGAUGGUGAUGAUUGCUAGCCCAUUCAAAUGGCUAUCGAAGGUCAUGCAGCUCACGUACCUGAGCUGGAAUUUCAAGCUCUUCAUCGUCGGGCUGGGAAUGUUGUAUCUUGCUCUGGCGUGGACAGGGGAGCACUGGGUUUUCCAACCGCUGGCGAGGUUGAUUGGCAGGUUGAAGCAAUCGGUGCUAAAGCGGCCGAAGAAGAGGAAGCAGUACAAGGUCAUACAGGAACAGAUGUUGUUCUAAGGAACAGAUGUUGUUCUAAGGAACAGAUGUUGUUCUAAGGAACAGAUGUUGUUCUAGUUGGGGAUAGAAAGAUUGUUAACUUAGAGGUAGAGGGGUCGUGGAUUGCAUAGCGUUGGACGUUGUACAUACGGCGCGUUGAAAUAUUUCAAGAGGAUUCGGGGUUUGAUGCAAAG